CAUUUGGAGCAAGUCUCAGCGUGGCCUCAGAGUUCUCUCCAGUUGGGUCAGGUGUCAGGACUUGCCCUCGACUCAGAUGCUAAUUUGGUCAUUUUCCACAGAGGGGACCACCACUGGGGGGCAAGCUCUUUUAACAGCCAGGCUAGAUACCAGCAGAGGUCCCAAGGUCCUAUUCAGCAGUCCACUAUUUUGGUUGUAGACCAAGCCAACGGCAACAUUCUGAAGGCAUCUGGCAGAGAAAUGUUUUAUUUGCCUCAUGGAAUAACAACAGACAAGAAGAAUAAUUACUGGGUCACUGAUGUGGCUCUUCAUCAGGUGUUAAAGGUGAGCAGUGAUGGCAGAGACAGAAUGUUGCUGGCACUUGGAGAGGCUUUCACUCCAGGAAGCGACAACAACCACUUUUGCCAGCCCACUGAUGUGGCUGUAGACACUGAGACUGGGAACAUUUUUGUGUCUGAUGGCUACUGCAAUGCAAGGAUACUGAAGUUCUCAGCUGAUGGCAAAUACCUGUCUCAGUGGGGUGCAGGCUCGUCAGACAGGAAGAGGCGAAUACCGUUCCGAAUACCCCACAGCCUGGUGUUCCUUCCUGACAGACAGGAAGUUUGUGUGGCUGACAGGGAAAACGGGCGUAUCCAGUGCUUCAUAGCCCAAACUGGAGAGUUUGUCAAGGAAAUAAAGAAAGAGGAGUUUGGAGGGGAGGUGUUUGCCAUCACCUACAGCCCUGCUGGAGAUGGCUUGAUCUUCGCAGUAAAUGGGGAAUCUCCAUAUCGCUCAACUCCAGUCAGAGGUUUUGUAAUAGAUUAUUCAACCAUGGAUAUUUUGGAUACCUUCAACCCAGAGAAAAAGUUCCAGAUGCUCUUGAUGUGUGGAUGCAGAUGA